AUGGACCUGCACAUAUUGGACCACAGACUGCGAGUCAUCAGCAUAUCCAAGAAUGGGCUGGUGAAUUUCACACACCCCCUGAUUAAACUGAUAUUCCUCCGGAACAGAACACGGUAAGAGGGCUCAUCGAUCGAGGUCAGAUGUUUGUGUCCCGGUGUGAAUCAGCCUGAUAAUCCAGUACGGAUAAAUGUGAUAACCUCCAGCGCCUCUUCAUUCACUGGGUGGCCGAGCUAUUAUUUGGGUGUUUGCCUGUGCAUGUCCUGCUCUGCCUUCAUUAAUGACACACUGCCGUGCAUGUAACUGAUGAUCAUUUAUGUAGUUUCUCAUUGAUACGGAGCGUCUGCACAACAUCACAUCACAUUAGCUGGUAUUCUUUUCUCACUAUGUGACUGCAUCUGUUUCCCAUGUCACAGUUGAACAAAAAACCUUGCAGCAGUUUUGCAAACACAGCAUUCCCAUGUGUUACUGUGCGUUUAUUAUGUAACCCUGUUGAAUGUAUGCAUGAGUGCAUUAAAUGCAUACUGAUGCACGCAAGCAUUGAAUGCAUGCUGUUUCUUGCAGACAUAAGUACUCUCUUCAAACAUACAUAAAUCAGCAUGCAUGUCUCUGUUUUAGUUGGACCUUAUUUCUCGACCCCUGACCUCCUUUUCUUAAAACCACCAUGCACUUUGCAAGUUGCCAGGCCAUCUUGUAGGCAUCAGUGCCACUUCUCAGUUAAUCUCUGGAUAUCCUCCCAUUGUUAUGUAAUUGUUUAUUUCACUCGCUGGCCCAUAUAUAGCAGGCAACAAGAGCUCAACAUCUGUCUCCGAGCUGCUAUUGAUACAAGCCUGGCAGUGGCUCUGCUGCUCCUCUCAUGUUAAGUAACAUCAGGGUAGAUUUUCCUGCUCUGCUGGCCUUUGUUUUCUUUGACAUCUAGAUGGCACGCUGUUUGACCAUCAUAAGAGUCCUAUGUCUAUCAGUGUGCCUUCGCCUCUUUCAUAAUCUGUUUGCAAGGCACUGACAGAGCCCAUAUGUCCUGUACGCUGACACAGUUCAUGAAAAUUUUAAAGCCUAAACAUGUCUCUGUGAAAACUUUGCAUCUGUCCAUGCUGAGCUGCACCCAUAAGCAGUAAUUUAUCUCUGAGUUGCGGCUGACACAGUUGGUUUUGGCAUGUCCAUACCAGAAAAAACGCGUCACCAUGACUUGCAACACCUUAUAAAAUAUCUCAGGGAGUAAACAAGCAGUCAUUGUGAAUAAUAUGCAAAUUUUCUGCAGUUGCUUCAGUAUUUCUUUUGCACACCAACAGGCUUUCGAGGCUUUCAGUCUUUGGGAAAAUGAAAAAACAGUCUUGUCUGGAGCCAUAAUGAGCCAUAAAAAGCAUGCAAGCCGCACUUCCUUGGAUUAGCAGGCCUGUCUUUUUCAGUGUUUUGUUGUGCAUGCUUUCGAGUUAUGUCAUCAGACUGUGGCAUGGAUGUGUUUUUUGCCCCGUUUUUCCUGUUCCUUUUCUGUCACAGAGGUUGUUUUUAUUUUAUUUUUCCCCUCUGGUGAAACUACAGACAAUGCAGAACGGGGAGUGGUGAAGAAACUGAAGUUCAUAGCAACUCAAAACAAUCAUAGAGGAAAAACAAACUUGAUUGCUUCGCUUACUUUUAUACAUCUCCCUCUCUCAGGCCCCUGCUAUUCAUCAGAGGAACACUUCCCAAGAAUGCGCUCAAAGCAAUUUGAAAGCGGUCCUGAGCAGAAUUUUAAAGAGGUUAUCACUUUCAGUAGCCUGGCUUCUCCCAAAAUGUAAGAGAGGAGGUUUGUCUCCAAUAAAUAAAGCUCUGGCAUUGAGACGCUUUGGAUGGAGGGGAAAAAUGUUCAGAGGGCUGACUGGAAAAACAACAACCCCAAAUCCAGAAGAGCUGGGACGAUGAGUGAAAUGUUCAGAGAAACAGAUUUUGAUGGUUUGUAAAUUUAACACAGUUUGAUUGAAAAUGGUGCAAACACAACUGAUCAACUGCUGAAACGGACUUUUCCUCUUUUAACAACACUGUGGAUGUUUGGGAACCAAUGCGGCCAGUUUCUGGAGUCUUGGCUGUGAAAUGUUGUCACACUUUUGCCUGAUAUAGGAAUUUAGCUACUUAACAUUUUGGAGUCUCCUUUGUCCAGUUUUUUGUGGCAUGUUGUGCUGACUAUUGGGUGACAAGCAUCUGCACUCUUCGACUACAGAGCCACAGGCCUGGAAAGUCAAUACCAUGUCUGGAUCAUGUUGAUGGUGUUUAUGGUUUAUUCUUUACAUUUUACACUUUUAACCUCCAUUUGUGAAAACAGAGACAUACUGAGCUCAGAGAGUGGUUUUUGGAUUGUGAUUUUGAGCCCAUGUGGUGAUUUCCACCACAAAGUCAUGUCUUUUUUUUUUUCUGCACAUCCCCUCUGCUGUAUCAGUUAUUGGCAUUGUCCUUUUCCUGAAAAGAUUUUCCAGAUUCUCUGAAUCCUUUUUACUGUUUUGUUGGCCCUCUCUCAGCUCCUUUCAAACAUGCUGCUGGCAUCAACUUUAAAAUGAGCAAACAUUUUCCACACACACAGAAAAAAACACCCUUUUUGAGUUUACACUCUGAUAUGUUGUCUUGAACUAUUUUCCAUUAAAUAUAUGGUUGAAAUUAAUUGCAAACAAUCAAAAUCUGUUGCACAUUAAUGCGUAUUUAGCACAGCAUCCCAACUGUUGAAUUUACUGAAUCUACAGUCUGACAUUUUGCAGUCCUGUGUAGUCCUGUCUAAUCCUGCAUUGUUGUCAGUUUUUGUUUGGAGUUUAUGGGUGUGGUAACAAUCAAAGCCCAGUAUCAGCCUAAUAUAUCAACGCUACUGUACUGUGUGUGGAUGCAGCUCUGCAGGCUCCACACAGCCCUCCUUUCUUCUCUUCUACAGGCUCACUAAGCAAGAGCAUGGGCUUAGACAAUGCCUCAGCUGAGCCAGAAACUCAGUGGGGAGUUUUCCAUUUGUCUGCCUCUGUGAUCCGUCAAGGUUGGGGCUCUCGCUAUCCUGGUUUACACAAGGCAGCCCCUCCACCCCCUCUAAUAACAAGCAAGGAUUUCUAGGAAAAAAAAAAAGGUUCCCCAUUGUUCCUAAAAAAGAAGAGCCGUGAGAACACCAACGAUCUGUUUUUAGGAAGCUGUGAAAGUAGCAGACAGCUGGGAUGAUGUGGCUGAGAUGGCUCAAGGCUAACACUUCAAACUUUCAGCAACAUCAGUUUGCUCCGCUCUUAUCAUGCUUCCUCAGCUUGAGCAUCAGUUGAAGAAGCCCCAUCGCCACCAGCUCUCACCACAGCAGCCUUCACAGCUUUGUGAGGCUCGAUCAAAGUCACAAAUCUUGUGUGGUUGGUUUUCAUGUCUCGUACUCUGCUGCUUCCUCAGUACCUGUUGCUUCCUUGUAGUGCUGGGCGAUUGGACGAUAUAUAUCGUUGGCACGAUAGAAAAUGUCUAUCGUGCCAUUUUUAUUCUUAUCGUUUCGGGCGAUAGGUUGUAUUUAAUCCAUAGAGCUUGUGCCAUCAGAUGAUUCAUAGUAACAACAACAAUAAUUGCACAUUCAGUAAGUGUAUUUGGUGUCGAACGGGAAAGAAAAUAUUUUCUUACAAGGAAAAGGAUGCGUUGACAUGUAGGCUUGCAUUUCUCUUUCGAUUUUGCGACAUGACGCCGCUUUACGUGCCCUCUUUAUGUCCAGCGCCUCCCGCCGUUGCGGGUUACCUGGGUUACACACGUGAGGGGAUCAUUGUAAGCAGUGCUUAAUUUGUGCCGGAGCAAGUCGGAGCGCGAUCCGGGACCUCUUUUGAUCGGAUCUGGGACCUAUUUCAGCCGCUCCGGCACCUGUUUCAUCUGCUCCGGGACCUUCCCUGUGGAGGAUGACUUUUUUCGGGAAUUCCCGUGGGUCACGUGAUUCCCGCGGGAUGGGAGUCAUUUUUUUUAUUAAUCUCUUGAUCGGGACGGGACGGGAAAAAAAGCAACGGGAGUGGGCAGGAGCGGGAACAACAUGAAAAGAUGAUCUUUUUCAGCCGUGUUUAACAACCAGAUGAACAGGUGCGUCCAUUUUUGUAGUCAUCUCUCAGUGAGAGUAAACACUCUUGACCGCGCUAGCAACACAAAAGAACUACAACAGCGGUUUGACUUCCUGUCAGCUGGGAGCGCGGCUGCGCAUUUGUACCCUUCAAGCCAGCAGCGAGGAAACGUAAUUUUGUGACAUUCUGUAGUUUUUCAAUCAUUUCUGGAGUCGUGGCGAAUCAAAUCACCUUACCUGUCUGCCCCUGAUAGGCGAAUAAAGCGCUCGGAUUCAUGCUCGGGUCUUGCUACGUGCUUAAAGAGUAAAGUAAACAAUGAUGGAGGCAGAGAGCAGCUUUGGAGGAGAAACAUCUAGCAGUGUGAACAACCUCUUCAAAAGAGCCCUAAAGACCUACCUUUUUAAUAAAGCCUUUGGUUAGUUUUCCUCUAUGCUUUAUGCUUUUACUACCUUGCCUCUUACAUUGCAACUCUAUAUAUUUUAUUUUUUUUAAAUUCUUUUUUAUGCUAAUCUGUGACUGUCAUUCUAUUGCUUUUUUUUAUUGUUGCUGCUCUUUUUUUACUGUGUACUGUAGCACUUUGAGAUUUUUUUGUAAAUGUAAAGUGCAUUACAAAUUAAAUUUAUUAUUAUUAUUAUUAUUAUUAUGGAGUGCUUCGGCUCACACUAUCAGCGUUUUCUGUAAGUGUUACAUAACUUUGGGUGAGCACAGACAUGAACGCACUUCAGCCACGUAUUUGUUUAUUCAUUUUUCUAGUUUUAAGUGCUGGUCUUGUACUGGUACUGUACUAGUGCAGCUGUAUACACUUAAAUUUUUCAUAGAACUGAAAGCAUACCAUAGCUAUAUCGUGAUAUAUAUCGUUAUCGUGAUAUAAAAUGAUCCAUAUCGUGAUAUACAUUUUUUUCCAUAUCGCCCAGCACUACUUCCUUGUCUCUUUUGGUUGUUACCCCCCCACCCCCUCUUGUCCUUCUCAAGUACCUUCAUGCCUCAGCACAAGGGGCUUGUUUUUUGAACUCAUUACCAGCAGUGUUCACACACAGGCUGUGUGGGCACUGUUACAGAGCACUGUAUAAACAUGUUUGAUCUCUAGAUUAAUCAUUGCGACACAAGUUUCCCACAGCCCCAAAGUAGCUAGCAGACCACUGUUUGAGAAGAAAUGCCUGAACUGCAAGGAGUAGAAGCAAAAGUUUGAAUCAAAGAAGCUGAAAUUUACAAAUUUUUUAACUUUAAAAUACUUGUGUUCAGUAAAGCUAAAGACCUCCUACAUUUGAGUUUCUUUUUACAGCCGAGGAUGCCUUUGCAGUUCAAGAGAUGCGUUCCCCAAAGGUGGUACAGGGGUAUGUUGCCAUAUGUCUCCCCAGAAGUGUUCGGUAGAUGGUUCAGCUGCUUUGAGACUCCCUCUCCCCUACGCUGAAUGACUCAAGCAAUCAGGGGAGACCGAGUCUGGGAACUUCUGUUACUCUCCAAAAUCAACAAUCUGGCAUUCACACCCACACCUCUCCAGUCGAUUGGCCAAGUCUGCAGAGGGGAGACAGGGGUGUUGAACUUGUCUCCACAAAACCAUUCCACCCAAAACUUGACCGAUUCAGUGUUUUCUGCCUCUAUCUAUAGGAAGACUGGCUUUUUAUCACGUCUUUUUUCAUCAACUUAAUCAUUUGAGUCCCAACAGUGUAAAACAGCGUGUCAGAUAUAUUUGCUUUGUUCAAACACAAUACAGCCCAUUCAGAGAGAGCCUUCAGAGGGCUUUCUUUGUCUGCUUGUUGUUUAUUUUUACUUUUAUACUUGGAUGUUUGGUAAAGGAAACUAACAGAUCCGAAAGCUGCAUUGUCAGGGGAGUGUAAGGUUUGGUUUGAUUGCAUAAGAGAUCCAGGCCCUUGCUAGUCUGUAGCUGAUCUACCAUUGGGUUAGCAGGGUGACAAAACAGACAGAAUUAAUUAUACAUUUACUGUUGUUGACCUGAAAUGCCAGACGUCAAUUACAUCAAAGCUGUAGAGCAGCUAUUUACCACUAGCUAGGACAGUAGCUCAAUUAUUGCUAUAAUUCUGAUACCAUCAACUGCUGAAUGUAAACAGGAUGACAGAUGGCAAUUCUUAGAGCAUCAGGAUUUGGCUGUAUUUUAAGUCUGGAAAGGUUGGCAUGUGGAUGUUAACCUCUAAGGAAGAGUAAAGGAUGGAGGUGCUAGCUCUGCUAGGGUAAGCCACACUGCAGACCAGUAGAGCAUUGUUUCCUAGCUGACUCUGCAACCCUCUGUUAAGCCGUUUGUGCUAACUGAGUUUUUUGCAUAAACAAAUAUUUAAAUUUUUUGUUUAAACAACAAGUAAAUGAGUCGCUGAAGAAUAUCCUUGCAGGUUGUAAGAACAAGAGCCCUGUCAUUGUCCUUGCCACAUGCAAUAAUGCUUUACACUAUGCCUCAUUUUGCAGGUUGAUUUUUGGCACGAACCACCCAAGGGAAAGUGCUAGCUGACAAAGGUGAAGGGUCAACAGGAAAUGAGCGAGAUAUUAAAACACAAUGGGCCAGCUGAGUUUGCCAGCACAGCUGAUAUUUAGUGUUACAGUGCUCGGCCUCCGUGUCUCUCUUUGUCUCUGUGGUGUGAUUGUCUCAUCUCAUGACAGGGAUUACUUCUUGCUGAGUCAGGAGUUUUUUUGGCAGUCUCACUCAGGCCUCUACUGUAGCGACCUAAUCUGAAAGAUAAGCAGAGGAAGAGGAAGGUAUAUCUCCAGAGGGACGUUUUUAAGAAAACAGGAAUACGUGGUUCCUCCUUUUUUAAGAGAAUCUGUGAUAACAAAGAGGGGUCAUCCGAGUGGAAACUGCUCAUUUCAUCUCUCAGUGGAAAAUUUAAAAGUCCUACAAGCUUAUGAAGGGAAAAUACUUUAUUUUCGCUGCCUUGAGCUGUACUGGGGUCAGUGUUUUCAAUAUCAAUUUGUUAUUUGACUGAGAAUCACAUUGUAAACAAGAGCUACUCUUAACAUGAAUUCUUUGUCUGUCUUCUGUUUCCUGGCAUCCCAGUUUGGGAUGAAAGUUAACAGUAUUUGGACUCAAGGAACUCCAGAUCCCCCAAGGAAACUUCCCUCAUUGAACCCUGUUCUAUUUCAGUGUAGAAGUAAACAAACUUGACACUAGUUUAAAAUGGUAAAUGGGCUUUUACUUUUCUAAUCCACUCAAAGCAUUUUACACAACAUGUCACACUCACCCAUUUACACUACAGUCAAACACAGAUGGCAGAGGCUGCUAUAGUAGGGAACUAUUGAUAUUAAACGAUUGAUUGCAUGCUGAUUAUAUCCAUCCAUAGAUAACUUCAACUCUUCAAGUCUGUGAUCCACCUUACCAUGUAAGAGCAGGGUUUGGAUCUUUCGUCAUCCUCGUUUUGCAACUUGAACGCUACAGAUGCAGACCAUAGACUGUAUAUACUAUGGACAACUUGACUCUGUCUUCCUUAAUUUCCGAAUUUGAAGCCAAAUAGCUCUCAGUGUUUCCGGGAUUUUCUCCACUUCCUGGAACCACCACUUGUGCAGUAGCGUUGUACUCAUUCGGCGAGAGAGUCGCUGUGAUGACGCUCGGUUCAAACAGCAUAUCCCCCGAGUGACCUAUGCAAUCUUCGUACACCCAUAGGCUGUAUCAAGUGUCAAUCAUAGAAAACAUGAACCCCUUAAUAACUUUUAAAAAUGGAGCUGCACAUAAAAAAGAGGACCUGAGCACAAACCAGUCUUACAGUAACUACAUGUCAACAUCACAACCAGGGGAGAGAAAAUUUUACAUUUUGUGUAAUUUCUAAAGUUCGUCCACAGCUCCAUAAGGAUGGCUGGAGGAGGUGGGAUUUAUGACCUACACUGCAGCCCAUCACCAGAGGGUGCUGUUCGCAGGGUGGCUUUACCCAGCGAGGAGGUCCAUUCUGUAUACAGUCUAUGUGCUGACAGAAAUUCAGUCUCCAUUUAGUAAUUUGGCUCCACAUUAUUGGCUCUCUCAAUCUUAAUUGGUAUCAUCUUUCCAAAUUUACACCCACGUUGAAAAUUAAUGGAGGAAAAAAAAAACCCAGAUAAUUGGUGGUUUACAGAUUAACUGAUGUGUGUCCAGAUCACAUCUGAGCCGCAGCUGCAUAAAAUCUUUCCUAGAAAGUGAAAAUGCCUCCACAUCUUGAAGUCUUCAGGAGUUUAUUAAAAGCCCCAAGUUUGGACUGACCAGUGGGGUCAGACCACAGGUUUUCUCAUGUCAAGAAUCCAUUAACGUCAAAGGGAACAAGAGGCCAUGGAACAAAUCCACCCCUGAGUUACACAGUAAUCACUUCUCCUGGCCUAUAGCUCACCACAUGGUCUAAUUUUACCCCUGUUGUCUUGUUUUUGCUGUCAGACUUGACAGAAACAUUUCUUUGGAGGAGUUUCUCCUCUCUGGAAACUUGAUUUAAAGUUUAACCAUCCCCAAAGCUAAUGCAGUCCUCUGUGUUUCACCCAGUGUCAACCCAAACUAUACCCAAGGGGCCAGUUUCCCCUUGUUUUCAUAAAGGCAACAUUCAGUAGAACUGAACACAGCAGCCAGACCAACAACUUUUUUUGGCCCCAAGCCUGAUAAAGAUGCAAUCAUGAGAAUGGGAAGUGAAAGUGGAGGAAAUUAAAGAUUUGUUUGCGGUUAGCCUAGUAGACAGUCAGCUUCUUUUCUCCCCCCUUUUUUUCUGUAAAUUUUUAACCCCAUCAGGCUGUUUCACUCCAGAAAACGUCAGUCUUUUAAAUAUUUAACAAAAGAGACUCAUAGUGAGAACAAGCUAGCACAAGUUGCAUCAGGUAUUUUGCAGAGAAGUUUGACCUAAAGGCUUAAAAGCAGCCUUAUACAAAGUUUUAGACUUUUUCAUACAAUCAUGUGAGUUAAAAUAUUUGUAUGAUAUCACAGAGAGCUUCAGUUUGGAGUCUUUCCCUGAAUGCAGCAGUUGUUAACUGAAGCUGCGCCCCAGUUUGGUGCGUUACCCACCACUAGCCGUGGACAAAGGAACGAUGCUGGCAUAAUACUGAGCUUGUGCUGGUGCUAAUUGAGUGACAGCCGGCCCCGGACCCAGAGUACAUUUAGUAGAAAUCCAUUUAUAAGAUUCCUGGUAGCUGUUUUAAUGGAAGUCUGAGCCCCUCUUUGUUGUUUUCAGAUAAAUAACAUCAUUCUUUUUCUCUCUUUCUCCUUCAUCCCUCCUCUUCAUUCUUGCUCUCAAACCAUAUGCCUCUUCCCAUCUGUACUUCCAUUUUCAGAUGCAAGUUCUUGAGUCUGACGGAGACUCCAGAGAACUACACAGUUGUCCUUGACGAGGAAGGAUUCAAAGGUAAACACACAGAUUUUCAUCACUUUUGUGGGUGUCUCCCCACACCCUGACCACUCCAGUCUCACUCUUCACUUAUGUUUGGUCACUAUAGACUAUUUAUGUAUUACACUAUAUACAAAAAAAUGAAAGUGCCACAGAUGAAUAUUUUGUAUGAACAGACGACAUGCACUAAUGAACAAAUUAAGUAAGCUUCAGCCAUUUUUUUAAGUGUGUAAACCUUAAGGGGAACUCCACACUUCAUACAGCAUAAGAUCACUUUUAAAGAGUGAAUUGAAAAUGCUAUUAAAGCUUCUGUGAGGAGUUUUCAAGUGACAAUGAAAUAGACUGAAAUGAACAGUUAUAGAGCAGAGGGGAGCAUACAGCAAAGGGCUGCAGUCCAGAGUCAAACAGGUGAGAGCUACGACAAGGAGAAUACCCUCUAUACAUGGGAUACACGCUCAAACUGCAAGGCCAACAGGGUGCCAUUAUGAGUUUUGUUACCUUUACCACUGCUUCCCGCUGGACUCUUGGUCACCUGAUCGCAGAUACAGCCUGUGAUUGGUUGAAAGACUGAAAGAAAGUUGGCAGCCUCUGUGUAGCACUGUCUGUCAACAAGAGAAAUAACACAAUUUUACUCAGAUUGAUCCAUAAAUCAUCAGAGAUGACCUUUGACCUUGAAGGAUUGAAUUACUGCUGUCUCUUGAAUCACACAGAUCUUCUCUUUGGGAUCAAAAAGCCUCUAGAUGUGUCUGACUUUAUCACUGGAAGGCUGCCGGUCUCACUAAGUGAGUGGAUUUCAAAGUUAGUCAGUACCUCAUCCGGCUCUCUCUUUAGAGCUGUGAAGACAACAGUAUUAAAUUUAAAAUGACACAGGUUUAGACUGCUCCUGUCUGCUGUCCAGGAUAUUUACUUCCUCAGUUGCGAUUCACAGUAUCCCUCAUUGUUUCGAAAGGCACACAGAACCAGCAGAAGGCAUCUAGAAGCAAGAAGUCAAGGAUGUUGAUGGUUCGAAGUAGUCGGAUUGAAAAAAAAAAACAUUGCCCUUUUGUCUGUAAGAUGCUCUUUUGUUUCAAACUGGACUUUAAUUUACCUUGUCGGAAAUGUAAAGCUUUGAAUGAAUAAUCCAGAUUUUUUGGUAGCAAUUGCCUCUCUUUGCAAACAAAGACACUGCAACUGUGGAUUUGUGGGAAUAGUUCCAAUGAUGGAUCAAUAGGAUUAAAUCAUCAUCAGCAGUUUUAUUAGUAUUUGACCUCUUGAAUGGCAGAGUUUCCCUUAAAACUUUUUUGGUAUGCUCCUCGUCUGAUCCUUUUCCACCGAUGUACUUGAUAAAAGCAUAAACCCCCUGAAGGUGCUCUUGUUUCUCUCCCUGUCUCUCUUGCUCUCCUCCUGACUGAGUGCCUAUUUUAAGAGGUGAAAGCUGGCGUAGCGUAGCCACAAGGGGCCGUCUGUGACAAAUUAUGCCAACCAGAGUUGUGGCUCUUUGAAGGGGAGUGAAGAAAAAGACAGAGAGAGUUUGCUGCAAUAAGGAGAAAUACUUCUUAAUCUUUUAAGGUAACUUAAGGUAAUGAAACGUCCCAAAAACAUCUUUUAAAAAUUCCUAAACCUCCCGGAUAUUGAGGUCCCACACACGCAGGGAUUGGCUGCACACAUCCUCAGGCUAUCACCCCAGUAUCUCUUUCUUUCAGCCUCUUGUUUACUUCCUGGACAGACAUCUGUUUCCCAGGUAGCUGCCAGCUUUGGCUCAUGCCGUGUUUGGGGACAAAGAGUGAAAUAUCCUGCUUUUCCCCCUUGGCCAAGAGACUUAUGUUGUUCCAGCUGCAUCUGAGGCGUCACCCAGUUUGAACUUUGACCUCUCCUCACCUCCCAGUCUGAGCACAUAAAUGCAUUUGUAUCAGGUCGCUCUCUGCGCCCAAAUAUGCUGUGGCUCUAAUGGUGCCAUGUUUUUCUUGUGUCACUGUGCGGUAUAAAUAGCAGGGGUGUUUGAGGUCUCCAUGGUGAAGGAAGAGACGAGAGGAGGGGGAGAGGAAGUAAGUGUAUGUUUGAACUGAGCAGCCAGCAAGAGGAAGUUGGUGCUCACAACUGCUUCGUAGUUUACACCUUCAUUGUGAGACAUGAAAGAGCCGCAGAGUUUUGCUGUUUUGAACACUUCACAGUAAAAGGGUGAUUCAGCUUCAAAGCUAAGUAACUGUAUUUGCCUUUGACAUGUUGGAGGAAAGACGGUCUCAGAUUUGACCCUCCUGCCAUGGUUCUGUACUCAGCAGAAGACACCAGUCACACAGUUUAGAGAGUGCUGCACCUGUGGAGUCAUAAGCCUCUUUCACACCUGAUGGACAGCUGACAUUAGCCAUGUUUACAAAGGCAAGAUUUCUUGAUCCGAUUAAAAAUUUGAGGGAUCAGAUAAUCUGAAUCCACUGUUUAUUUGGGCGCAAAGUCAAAUUAUCCGAUCAUGACCUGCGUAUACAUGCACUAAGCUUUAUUCAGAUUAGAAGCCUUUGGACAUGCGAAGCGUUGUCUAAUUUUGCUAAAGCAACCGCAGAAGAAGAGUUGUAUUUACAUCUACGCUGUCAACAAACCAACAAACACUGUAGUGGCUCACUUCAUCCAAUUAACGAUUUUCCCCUUGUUCCCAUCUGUUGUCACUUGAUGGUGCCCUUGUGUACUUAUUUUACUGUCCUGUCAAAGGUAGCACUGUGUGUACAGAUGUGACAUCACUACGCUGUAUGUACGCCAUGUUAUGGUAACAGAGGAGCAGACACGGCUCCUGUGGUUGUGUUUUAUGCCAGAGUUUUAAUCAUGAAAACUCCUGUACUGGCCUCAAUAAGAGUGAAGACUGAGUCAGGUUAGAGAGUCACAAUCAGAAUAAGUGUUUACAUGGACACGUUUCGGAAUAUCGAUCGGCAUAUACCACCCCUCUCAAUCGGAAUACAAUUUCUUUCCGAUUGAGCUGAAUUGAAUCAGAAUCUUCCGAUCGACAUGGUUACAUCAUGCUUUUUCAUUCCGAUCGGGCAUUUAUUCCGAUUAUUUGUGCCUGUGUAAACGCAGCUAGUGUCUAGAUAAUUCCUGGACUUUCAGGCCCCAUAUACUCGCAGGAAGUUACCGUCAACAAAUGCAGAUGCUCCCUCAUGAACUCAAAACCCUGUUUGGUUGAAGAGAGGGAGGUAUUAGGAGGAGGGGUAGAAGUCCUCUGGGAUUAUGUCGCUGCAGUAUAUAAGAGUGUUUCCAUCAAACAAACAACAGUAGAAACGCUGCACACUGAGGAGGAUUUUCCGUAUCAUUACAUGCUGUGUUUACCAUCAGCUCACUCCAACCUCUUACAGCCAAUUUACUUGAAGGCUAUCAAGGCUGAGGCGCGCCGCAUUACCACUAUCUUCCCCUCAUUUCACCUCCGUUUCUACCUCCAGAAGAGGGUCAGAGGUGAAAUUACUUUGCCCUGAUAUUACCCCCUGCACACUGCAGACCAGAAGCACUAGGGGAAUAAAUAUCCCACCUUGAAACAGCUACAUGUUAGCCAUAACUUUCUGUUGAGACUAGGGCUGCACGAUUAAUCAAUCUGAAAUUGUAAUCAGAUUAUUUGAUUAUGAAGAAGUUAAAAAAUAAUUAAAUUGUCUGUUGUAAAACUGAUUUUCCUCUCUCUAUCAUGUUGUGUGCCUCCAGGCCACCAUAGACUCCCCCUUCCUGUAGGAGCGCUCCCCGGUUCCCACACACACCAGUGUAAACAAACAUGGCUUUUGCAAAAGAAGGCGAUAAUUUUGUGGCUGUCCAUACGGCAACAAAAUUCAGGAGUAAAACCAAAAGGUUUUUGUCAUAUUGGUGCUUCAUCCACACAGAAAUGGCGUUUCAAAUGACUGUAAACGUAACUUUUUAAAAACGGGUCAGAUAGUGCAUAAAUCUGUAAACGAGUACCAUUUCAUCUCUGUGUGGAUGCCUAUCUGCAUCUCUUUUGAGAUGAUUAAGUGACAUACAGCAACUCUUUUAUGGCGCCUGUGUGUGUCCGGCCAAAACAACCUUUAUACGCGUGCUCUGUACUCUUCUUCUGUCUUCUGUCUGUCUUUUACCUUGGAAGGCGUUGCAGGACCACUUACUGGCUUGGCAUACGCACUACAUUGCUUUCAGUGGUUUUGUUUUGAGAGAUGAUAGAAAAACUAAUUAUAAUGGGAAGUUUGGUGAAGUUGUCACUGAGUUAAAAAUCAAAAUCUAAAAUGAAGUUUUCAGAGAAAAAAAUCAGGAUUUUAUUUUUGGCAGCCCUAGUUGAGACAGUAACCAAGACACAAGUAUUCUCUUUAGUUUUGUAAGUUUGACUUUUUUGGGUUAUUGUUUUUUUCUUGGAGAGAACAGGUCAGUGGAUCGAGUAGAAAACUGGGGGACAGGACAUGAACCCAUUCAUCAAUUCCACACUUGAUUUUGCGUACGCUGACUCUCACUUUCAACUUUUCUCCUUAGAGCUCCGGCCUUCUGAGCAUCUCCAGGUAGAAAGCUCCAUCUGGCUGCCACUCAACGUCGUCUCCAAUGGCAACGCCUCCAGCAGCUCGCAGGCAGUUGGCGUUACAAAGAUCGCCAAGUCUGUCAUCGCCCCCCUGGCGCAGCAGCACGUCUCCGUCUUCAUGCUCUCGACCUAUCAGACGGACUUCAUCCUCGUGAGUCUCCCACGUUACUCCUUCAACCUUUACAUAACCUCGCUCUAGUUUAAUCAGCACUCGCUAAUAUCUCGUUAAAAUGAAAGAGGCACUCUCAGCCAUUCUGUGCUCCAUAAUUUAGUAACGUCUGGGGAAAUUCGAACCCUUUCAGUGUAGGAAAACUCUGGAUGUCUUAUCGUGUAGUGGAGCUUUUCACCUACUGAGCUCUGCCAGACAAAAGAAGACACGGUGUCUGCUUUUUGUCAGCUGGACAAAUUCUGCAUGUAAGGCAUUAAUUCUCCACAGAGCUGAGAGUGCUGGAAAGUUAGUUGAUGUAUUAUGUGUGAAAGUGUGAAGCGGGCAAAAAUAGAUAACACCAAGGCAGACGUUAGUGUCAGCAAAUACCUUAAUGGUCCGCUUGCUCUCUUACAGUGAGCCGGUGUUUCUCCCUCAAACAACACGGUGCAUAAUGGCCUUACAUGUCAAGUAUAUAUGAGGAUUUAACACCUUUGACCAAGUGUUUUACCAUCAAUAUUUAUGUUCCAUAUCUGUGUUAUGUAGGUGAGAGAGAAAGACCUGUCUGUGGUCAUCAGCACUCUGGAGGAAGAGUUUAAUAUCUACAAGGAGGUGGGAGGAGAGUCUGUCCCCAUCCACUGUCAGGAUGUUUCCAACGGGCUCCAGAAAAACGGCAAAGAAGGUAAAAGUUCAAGUUUAUUUCUACCUCUCAGGUGGAAAUAAAGUGAAGAUUGUCUGACAGAGGAACAGAUACAUUAAGGUCCUCUAGCUCCAUCUUCAGGUCCUUUGAGGAAAGAUCUUCUUGUAAUGUCAAGGAAGGGAUGUUUAAUGUGCUUUGUGAUUGACGUGACAGACUGAUUACAGGUUAUCGCCACCUACUGGUUAAGCAUGCUUAUGUGAGCACAGGAAACACAUGAGAGAACAAGAGAACACUUAAUCAUCUUAUAGGAUCAUAAUCUGAUCCCAUAAACUAAAUUCCUUACAAUUGACAAUCCCUGUAAGUCAUGUGUCUGAACGGUAUGUGACAUCAUACGAAGGAGCAAUGUAAACUGGUUGGUUCUGCAGCAACUUUUUAAACAUAAAGGAGGAUUUAAAGUCUGCUCACUUACUCUCUGCCCCUCACAGGAAGUUAUUUUUAACCUAACCGUAAAGUACAGGACACGCUGUACAAUAGGGACAGAGCAUGCAGUUCAAUACAUGUGCCCUGUUCACAUUCUUUCAUAUCUAUACAUCUCUGAGACGUCAGCUUUUUUUUUGGUUCUUUUUUUGUUUUUUUGACACCCCACAGACAUCGGACUUCUUCCAUUUAACAGCUUCAAGCAGGGCUGAAGUGUCUCUGACUGGCUGCAGUACAGCUCUGAUUCCUGUGUUUCUAUCUGCAAGACUGAGGUUAAAAAAAAAUAAGGAGUUGAACCUUGUUUUAAAACUCAUGACUCUAAUCAUGAAACCCUGGUUUUACCUGCUUUUGCCCCUCCUCAGCUGGGUGUUGAACAGAAGGUGGUAGUUUGAUGCAGACAUUAGUCGUAGCGCUAAACACUUGAACUACCAAGGCAGCCAUUUUGACUGCUUUCAAAAUUUACACUGUCUAUCUAAAAUAAAACCUAUACAUCAGUCGCACCCUGACUUUUCCUAAAUGUGUGUAUAUUUUAUUCUAACAUUAUUUUAUCAUGAAAAUCUAAAACACAAAAGAGUUCUGGGUAUUACUACCUUGAACUACCAGAGCAGUCAAAUUGACCGCAUGCUUUUGACAAAGGGUGUAUUAUUUCUCUGUUUGCUACAUUUUCCAGCUCUUUCUCCUGCUCUAUUGUUUGUUUUGUACUUUAAGCUAAAAUCUUGACAUAACUUUACUCAAAACUCAAGAGACUCAAAAAUGACAACUAGAAGAAAAAUGACAAGUAUGGAGGCUUGAGCCUUGUUUCAGAGCCCGGAUGAGGAAGAAUCCAAUGGAUGAGUGAGUUCAGGGAAUGAUGUGUCUCAGUAUUUUGAGGAAGGUUCUGAAAAAUCUCAUUCAUUAUGAUUUUCAUUUUGUGUACUUAUGUGUCAUUUAUCUAUUCCACCAAUUUAUUAUUUGUUUUUAUUGUUGAUUAUCAAAUUAUGUGCAAAUUAAGACUGAGCAUUCAAAAUGACUGCCAUGGUCAUUCUAGUGGUUGCAGAAUUUUGGUAGACCGAGUGUUAAAUGUGCGUGCAGGUCUUCUUAAAGUAGUUCAAACUAGUUUAUCAGCUGUGCAUCGUUUCCUCCUUCUGAGGUUCUUAACUCAGUCAAAUCUGCACACAGAAACAUAACACACAAAUUUCUGGUUCAGUGUUGAAUGACUCACACUUACCUGAGGUAUUACUCCUGAUGUCAUAUGUGGGAGACAGUUUUCUAGUAAUGCAGUGGGAGUGUUGUCUUCCAUUAAUAAUGGAAUGCAAGUGCUAAAAAUAUCUUCAGUCCCUCUUAGUUUUAAAUUCUGAUACUUCUUUCAGCUAUCCAGCCUACAGUCCACCCGGUGCUGAUCCCUCAGAACCAGUUCUGUGUCAUGUCCCUGGACCCAGACACGCUGCCGUCCAUUGCGACCACGCUCAUAGACGUGCUGUUUUAUUCCAGCAGGUGAGAUACUGUGAAAAACACAGCUACAGUAUCACUUUUGAACACAGGGUGGCAGCACAUAAUGCAGACUGACCUUCAAUCAUCUAUAACUCAUGGUUACCACAAGUUUAUUUCUUCUCCCCAGUAUAAUGCCAUGCAAGGGAGACUUUUCCAUAUACAUUUCCAUAUCCUAGGCAUUGAAAUAAAUUUAUUUGUACGAGUUAUAUAGGCAGACAACAUUAAAUAAGAUUACAUAAGCAGAUUUCUUAAUUUCUUGUAUUUUUAAAGUAGUUUUUAUUAAAUACAGGCACAAACUCAAAUCCCUGCUAAGGAGAAACCAAUACAAAGUUCACUUGGUUCAUGACUGAAGUCCUUUGGAAUAACAGUGACUCAGCGUCCUGCUGUCAUCUCAGUAAUGAGUCUACUUUCACCUCUUCCAUGUCUUUUCUUCCACAGUCCUAAAGAGGACGCACAGUCGUCUCCAAGCCAGGACUUGGAUUGCAUCAAGUUCUUCUCCUUCUCCCUCAUUGACGGCUACAUCUCCCUGGUGAUGGACACAGACGCCCAGAGACAGUAAGAUCACACCCACCAGUCCACGUUUGAGGACUAAUUGUUCAGAGAUUUGGGCUCACUGUUGUAAUCUGAGAGUCGAGCCAAAACUCUACUCAGUGACAAAGUGAAAUCUGCUUUUGAAUGAUGGAGAUAAAAAUGUUUUACUUUUGAAUUCACCGGUCUUCAAGUUUCAUUUUUGUUGAGUCACAUCAGCUUUUACACCAGACCAUUUACAUUUAAGGUUUCAUAUAGUGAUUGAUACAGUGAUAUAGUGAUUGGUAAAUGGUGUCUUUCUUUCCACCUCUGUGAUGUUUUUUGUUUCGUUUUGUUUUUCGAUCUACAUUCCUGGUACAAAUUUAGAGUUUGAUCUUUGUGCUUCAGGUUUCCUGCUGAUCUCCUCUUCACCAGCUCCUCCGGGGAGCUGUGGAGGAUGGUUCGUAUAGGAGGACAUCCUCUGGGCUUCGGUAAGGACACCCUGCUUCUUAAUAUCCUCAAUGACCUCUGCUUGUGUAUUAGACGGUGUAAACUAAAGGUUCAAGCUUAAAAGUUUCUGUGAUGCAGUCUCCUGGUGUCACAGAGCAGAUAAUGAAUCCACAACAGUGGCGAUUGCUCUAAGACUGCAAGGGAAGCUCAGCUUCCCUUAAAAUGUCACCCCCCCAAAAAAAGAAAAAGUGGUGAAAUACGUACUGCUGUGUGUACAUUUCAUUAACUAAAUACGCGCUAGAAAGCCUUCAUCUUUUGUUCAGAAUCACAGGUAACCGGCACAACUUCGUUCUCAUUCAUCCUCGCAGCGCCUCAGCGCUUCACACAGCCGGACGCUCAGCGUCUGCUGACUUCAAUGUGGAAGCUCAAAGUGGGUUGUUCCAGCAGCGAAACUAGACGCUCAUUGGAUAAAUGCUGGGCUUUGUCCCGCCCAUCGGACGCUCAGCAUCUCUGGAGUUCUAUGACGAGAGGGCGGUCCCAACUUUCUCGCGGACGCUGAGCUUCUGCAUCCAUGAUUGGAUGAGCUGUCUGAGGCGAAAUCCUUUUUUGAUUGACAGCUAAACAAGCGAAUCAGCGAUCUUGAAGAAUAAAACAUCUACCAGAGCUUUUUCCAAGUUAUUCAUUCCGUUGUUCUUAACUGCUCCGGAGACUUUACCGAUCCUCAGCGACUUUUGUCUUUGUUAAAAACGACUGCCGUUGUGUUUGGCGACUCUGUUCUGUUACAUACAAAUAAACAAACACAAUUAUGAUGUAGGCCAGAAAAGUGAGCUUCCCCUCCUUGAAAGACCAGCAGCUGAUCCACAAUACUGACGGCACCUCUUUAUAUAAGAAGAGUUUGAAUCACGGUGGCCUCUGAUUUCCAGACUUUGUGAAAUUACGCAUUCGAGUAGCUGUUGUGUUUUUUUUUUUUUUAUUUAUUCAUUAAUUUUUUUUUUACAAGAUUUAUGAUAUUGUGGUAUUUCUCUUUUUUAUUAAAAUUUUUGGAGGGUAUUUUGAAUUUGCUCGGAGGCAACAAUGAAACCUUUGUUGAUCUUAAAAACAUUAUUAUAAUAGUUAGAUUCAUUGUGGUUUUAAGUGCCUUUUAGUGAUUUUUACUGUAAUUCAGGCUUUCUGCCUUUUCUGCCUGGAAUCUAUUCUUCUGUCAGCUGUUGUUGAAGCUAAGAGCGUUAAUGUUGAAAUAAGGGACUUAGACUAUUUUGAGUCCGUAGCAUGUCUGUUAAUAGUCCAAGCAUGAUCACUUUUCUCCGUAAAUGAGCACAGAGGCUAAUUUUAGUUAUUUUUUUUUCCCACAGAUGAAUGCGGUAUCGUGGCCCAGAUAUCCCAGCCUCUGGCUGACAGUGACAUUUCUGCCUAUUACAUAAGUACCUUCAGCUUUGACCACGCUCUGGUGAGUCUAGCAUCAAACCUUCACAGCGGUUUUCAUAGAGGUCCACAUUUUUGAGUCAUUACAACUGCAACUGAAAUAUCUCAGCGUACAGUUGAGGUAAUUCGAGGAUAGGUUGUGUAUGAAUAAGGGAAUUUACAAAGAUAACUGUGUAUGUCAUAGUCUACAGCAUUCCUGCGAGGCUUCAUCACAAGGAGUUUAGCGAGUUAGUUUGAACAAGUUUGGGGGAGGGUUUACUGAUUAGAGGAAGUUAAUAAAUUUGGAAAGGGCUGUGUAAGUGCAGAAAAUAGAUCGAUUAAAUAUGUAGCUUUAUUCUGUCAUGUAGAUGUUCUGUUGGUCCGUAGCAAGUUAAACAAAGUAAAGAUAAAGAAGAUGAUGGAGUGUAUACAAGGAAGAAUUAACAGAGCUUUUAUCAUGUCUUCUUUUAACUGUGUUUGUGUGCUGGGUUUAAAUAUGUGGACUUUAGUAUGGUACUGUGGUGUGAUUUCCUGAUCCCACUGUUGAGAUUGUGUUCACAUUUAGUCACCGAGUGGGUAAGUGAAGCACGUCUUUGUCUGUAUGACAACUUAGUCAGCAACUCGUGCAACCACAUUGAUCUGAGAAAUUACCGAGAAAAGAUUAAAUUCCCAGAAACUUAUCAUAGAACAUCUCUGACCUAGCUUAACAGCAAAGGCAAAUUACUCUCUUUCUAAAUCUGAGUUUUUGAUAAGUUGUCUCCAGAAACUGAGAAGACUGUCUGGUCAUUAGGCGCUCACUUUAACCCAUUUAAACCGGGACAGCAUGUGCGCAUUUCAACUGUCCAAGCUGGGAGCGAGGCUGCACAUUUCGACUCGGAAAGCCGGGUGCAUGUACGCACUUCUACCCUUCAAGCUGGGAGAAGUGUGUACAUCAUUUUGUAACAGUCUGUGGUUUUUCAGAUUCAGACAACUUUACUUUUUUUCAAUCAUUUUUGGAGUCGUGAAUCAAAUAAUCAUGCCGCCAUCAUACGUCCUGUGAUAGGCUAAUAAAGCAAUCGGACUAUUCACGCUCGGAUCUUGCAACGUGCUUCGUGAGGAAAGUAAACAAUGACGGAGGCAGAGAGCAGCUUCGGAGAGAGAAGCAUCCAGCUAUGUGAACUAGGGCCGACGGCAAUACCAAUUGGGGGGGGGGGUCCGAUCACUGAUUAAUCGGCUGAUUUUUUCAAUUUUUUAUGAAGCCUAUGAAGUGUAUAUAUAUAAAAAUAUAUUUUAUGAAAUUAUAAAAAAUAUAUUUAUACUUUAGACUUCUGCUCUUCAUGCCGACAGGAAGACCAACUGAUCAAACUUGUGACAUGCAGCUGCCUCAGUAAGAGAAGUAGCUUGAUCACGUAAUGUGUACUGUUGUUUAUUCUACUGUUACCACCGAUAGUCUCAAACGGGCUAAAAUUGGCCGCUAUAAUCAACUCGCCGAUAAAUCGGUUGGGCCCUGGUGUGAACAGCCUCUUCAUAUUGAGUGCUUUGGCUCACUGUGAGUGUUGCAUGACUUUGGGUGAGCAUAGAGAUGUACACACUGUCAGCCAUGUAUUUAUUUAUUUAUUUAUUAGUUUUUAGUGCUGCUUUUGUACUGAUACUAUACUAGGGCAGCUGCAUACCCUUUUAACACUUUAUACUUAUACUCCAUACAUUUAAAUUGUAUGGACACUUCAUCAUGACUGCCACUUGUUUUAUAAAGCAAAUUGUUUGUUAUUCUUCAGUGCAGAGUCUUUACUUUUAUUUAUACAGCCGCUUUAUUUCAUUUGAGUUAGUUUGUUCAAAGUUUUCAAAAAUGUGAUGAAGGUUUGGAAAAAUAAAAGAUAGUUAUCUUGAAAGCCACAUGUGUAAGCUCUAAAAUACCUUUUGAAUUUUGUUUCUAUCUGCUACAGAGGCGGAGAUAUCAGCUUUUUUGUAAACCUAUACACUUCAGAAAACCUCAGGAUCUGGGGGCCCUUCUCAAAAUUGCCCUCAGGAUUUCAGUGGUGUGGCUCAGACAGGAUUCAGGUCUUAAUGGGUUAAUGUUAUUGAUGUGGAUGUAACCUGCUUUCAUAGCCAUACAUAGUCAGACAUGUCCCUUUGGUUUACCAUUUUCCAUCAACAUUGUUUAGUCAUUAGUUUGCACUGACAAUUAGGGAGGUUAUUUUUCUCCUAUCGUCUAAACAACUUUAACCUGGUAUCUCUUUGCUCUCUCUCCUCAAUGCAUCACAAUUCAAACCAUUCACAAGCUUGCAGAUUGAGACAGCUGGGCCGAGUCACCAAAUUUUUCUAAGAUAAACUAAAAGGCCGAGUCACCAAAUUUUUCCAAGAUAAACUAAAAGGAGGACCAGCAAUGUAUGAUAUUCAAGCGUUAUUCAACUCCUACCUUAGCAAUGAGAUGUUCGAGAUGUUUUAGAGAUAAGUGUAUGAUAUGCUUAAAUCACUGUAUUGCACAGACCAGCAUUAAGCUUAACAUAGCCAUAGUGUCAUAAAAAGUACAAGGUCUUACUCAUAGAUUCCUGAAAUUACCUAAAUCUCUCAAAUAUUAGUGGGAUCAGUCAAAACCACAACCUAGCCUAAUUAUGAGCAAUAUCUAGCUGACAUCACAGCUGCCUCUGUUUGUGUGUUUCUGGGCAAUGCUUUUACCUCAUGGUGCCAGUAAUUAGGCAGUCAAUAGUCAAUGCAAAUAUGUGGCAUCUUUUGCACAGGAAGCACAAAGGUCAUCUAUUUAAUGUCACCAGAAGUUCAAGAGGAAACGUAAUGUAUAAUUUAAGUCAGUGGUGUAACUGGUGUGCAAGUUUCAAAUCUAUAUCAGCAAAAGAUCUAAAGUUGCAGCAAGAAGAUUAUGAAUUGUUCGGGUUUUUAUGUACCGCAGUAAAACAGCAAUUUUGCGUAAUGUUUGCUGUGAUGUUUGACACCCUUUUAAUGUUCACUGUUAAGGUUGUGGUUACUGCUCUUUUCACUCUACAGUUAAAUCGACUCAGCACAUCAACAUAAAUCUCAUAGAGAAGAGAUAAUAAGGAUAGAGGUUAUUUAGAGGUUCUGAUUGAAUUUUCUCAAUAACUCCAAUAGUCAGGGACAUUCUCAGAGCUUUGUCACUUGUUACUUAAACGUGAAAGAGCAUGUGAUGGGAGGACAAUCUGUGGCCCAUGAUUACUGAAUUAGUCAGGAUCAUCUUCACUGUAAGUCUGAGGGAAUAUACACCUGGGUCACAUCAGGUCAUGAGUUUUAUUCUAUAAGUAGAUAUGAAAAACAAAGUUCCUACGACCCAGAAUAGAAAGCUAUCUUAAAGGGAUAUUCCAGCAUAAAUUUAAGUUUUGGUCAAACACACUGUAACACUGAGUUAGACAUCCCUUGAGAGAUAAAUGUUGCUGACCGCUUGCUUCUCUAGUUAAACCAACUUAAGUAACAACCGCACAAUAGCAAUACACAGCAGUCUACGUCUCCAUGUGCAAACCUCAACCAAAAAGCCCCUCUAUAGCCACAAAUAAUGCUCAGAACAGCACCUAACUUCAUUAACAGUGCAAAUAAGGUCCCAGCCAUAGUACCAGCCACCAAAAACCAACUCUCCUCCAACAACCACUUGUUUGUGGGGGGAGCCCUGACAAGUCAAUCACCGAGUGCAGUGGAAGAUUUAUGAUCAUUACUUCAUGGAAAUGCAAUCAAACUGAGAUACUAAGGCAAAAGAACUACUGCGUCUGCAGUGCGCAUACAAGAUACACAAGAACUCUGAUUGCAUUUCCACUAAGUAAUAAUCACAAAUGGUCUUACUUGAGCUGCGAAACUCUGCUGAACUCGGCUCAUCAGGGCUCCCCCACAAACAAGUGACUGCUGGAAGAAAGUGAGUAAGGUGUGUUUAGCCUCUUUGCUAAAGAAACCAGGCAAAGCUAAAAAGAUGUUUGAUGGUUAGUACUAUGGCUGGGACCCUAUAUGUACUGUUGAUGAAGUUAGGUGCUGUUCUGAGCAUUAUCUGUGGCUAUAAAGCAGCUUUUUGGUUGAGGUUUGCGUGUGGAGAUGUAGACCACUGUGCAUUGCUAUCGUAUGGUCGUGGCUGACGUGGGUAUAACUAGAGAAGUAAGCAGUCGGCAACAUUCAUCUCUCAAGGGGUGUCUAACUCGGUGUUGCGGUGCGUUUUGAUGCGUUUGACCAUGAUUAAAAUUUACGCAUAGCAACAUUAAACUCAAAGAGAAGACAAUAUAAAGAUAGAGGUUAUUUAGAGGUUCUGAUUGAAUUUUCCAAAUAACUCCAAUAGUCAUCCCCAGGGCUUUGUCACUUAAACAUGUGAAAGAGCAUGUGAUGGGAGGACAUCAGAUUCUAUGAACAGACAUGAAAAAUAAGGUUUCCACAUUUUAAUAUUUUACUGAUUUUAAGUUGACACUGUAUGUCUUAUUGUUUUGAAGUGUUUUAAUCUCUUUCUUUUUUCAUUUCAAAUUUAUUUCCUUGCAUCUGUAAACCACUUUGAAUUGCCUUUGUAUGAAUAGUGUGAACUAUUCUGAACUACUACCUUUGUGUCUAAAAAAUAUUUUUCCACCUUUCAUAGUUUGGAAAAAAAGAUCAGAUAUGUGUGGUGUUAUUUUAAAAGGGCUGAAUUCAAUUUUCAUGAUACAUUAAAUAUAUGUCAAUUAUGGUGUACCUCAAGGGUCAAUUCUGGGACCAAAAAUGUUUUGUCUUAAAUAACUUUUUCCACUUGUCAAAGUUUGAAAAACACAUCAAUGUUUGUGUGGUGGUAUUUUCAAAGGGGCGUAUUUUUUUGCAAUACACAAAAUUUAUGUAAAAUAUGACAUACCACAGGGAUUACUUUUUGGACUACAACCAUUUUGUCUUAUUGUUGUUUCUGCUGCUUUCAGGUUGCCCAAAAAAUACGAUUAAUAUUGCUUAUUAACUAACCUUGCUUUAACUUCUCUAUUUUGUAGGUCCCCGAGGAGGACAUAGUGAGUGUCACAGACAUGCUUCAGCAUCAGAGGAAAGAACAAGCCGCAAGUUGA